UGCAGAAUCUGAUUUAAUCUGUGUGACCAACACAAGAAUCUCCUGACAGCCGAGAAAACAGUUCCACAAUGAUGGAUUUCCUCGUUUUAACUCUGUUCUGACUGGUAACUUCUCUAUAUUCAUCCUUCAUCUAUUCCUCUCAGCUCUAACACUCAGGACAGUAGAUUAAAGUAACUAAUAAACUAAUGAGUUAUAAGAAUAAAUGUGAGAAUAUAAAAUGAGAUUUCAGAAGCUUAUUGAACACCAGAACAGAACAGGAGACAGGAUGUAGAGUCUCGUGGCUGAAGAAGUUAAACCGGAAAACAGCAGAAACAGAAGACUUUUUAUUCCACUAAGUGUCUGUUCACAUGUUCAGUGGAGGAUGUGUGUUAGACAUGGCAGAGUUCCUGAGUGGGUUUAAUCUACAGCUGAUGAUUGGUGUCAUCAGUCUGAGUCUCCUUCAGAACAUUUCAGCUGAUCUGUUAUCUGUUGAUCCUGGAGAAAACGUCACUCUGUUCUGUAACAUCACUGAUUAUUCAGAGAUAUCGUGGUAUCACAUGAACUCAGCAGGCGUGAGGCAGAUUAUAUCGACCUCAAAAGGGAAUCUGGACAAUCUAUUUCAAAUUGUUCAUAAUGAGGAUAAGAGUCACUUUACUAUAACAGAAAACAGCAGUUCAGUCAGUUUAGUGAUUAUUGGAGUUAGAGACACAGAUCUGGGAUUUUAUUACUGUGGAGGUCGAAAAAAGGAACACAAUCAGUUUGGAAAAGUCAUCAGUCUGAACUUUACAGGUGGCAGCAAUAAGAUUGCUCCUUCACCAGAUUCACAGCAGGUUGGGGGAAAUGGGAACUGCUGGAUUAUCGUGUUAUGUACUAUGAUUUUAAUUCUUCUAAUGAACAUCUGCAUGUGUGUGUUUUGCUGCAGGAUACAAGGAAAAUUAAAUUUAUCAUGCUGCAGUCACUCUACUGACUCCACUGAAAAGGAAGAAAACAUUCAUUAUGCCAGUGUUCAGUACAAAAGAAAAUUCAGAUCUGCAAACAACAACUCAAGACCUGAUUUGGACAGUGUGACCUAUGCAACAGUCGCCUCACAGCCACAGAGAAACUGAACAACACAAUGUGUCUUUAUUUAU